CGAGGCGAUCACUAAUUCGGGCUAGUUAGUGCAGAACAACCCCGCUUCACAGGUGUCACCUAGUCGAGCCUAAUUGUCACUAAACAACUUCAAAAACGUAGCGAAUCGUUCAUAGUUAGCUACUUCUAUUAUCAGCAUGCCGGCUAUACGAAAGAUAGUAGGUCCCAGAGGCAGUGGGUUUUGGAGUUCUUUCGAUCCAAACGACAACAGACUAGUAGCAGAAGCUCUAAAGGAGGAGUUCCAACGGUCGGAGCCGGCCCGUGAUAUCCACUACGCCCACAGCGGGCCCGAUCACCUCCCUCCUAACAUACUCAACCUCAAAAUUAAAUUUCAUUGCCUUCACGAUUGCCUGAUAUUUUUACUCCGCGGCGUAAUUUUCAUUGAUGGACAAGGGGCGAUCAUUGAACCUGGCUACGCAUAUGUCGUCAAGGACGAGGAAUGGAUAGGGCUUGGCGGAAACACUACUGUAUUUGUCAUGGAGGAAGGAGAGAUGAAGGGAAUCUGUGCCCAAAAGCUAAGAGAAAAGCAAGAGAAGUAUUGGGCAGAGAAGGAAGCUGCAAAGAGAAAACAAAAUAGGCCGUGGAACAGGGUGUUGACCAAAUUUCGCCGAAGGGAACCAGAAGUGCAAUGUGCGACACAAUAAGCUUGGGGGGGGGGUCCCGGAUUGGCAUAACCGCACCAUCAACGAUUUGGAAGUGUAGGAGAGGCGAUCACCAUCGAUCAACGGAUAGAGAGUCCUCCAGGAAGCCCAAGGGCGUGGAGAUGAAUAGUCGCGUCUUCUUUUCUUGUGUACUAGGGGAUAUAUCAACGGAGUUCAGGCAAAUCUUGUGAAGUCAUCAGUAGUAUCUGAGAUAUGGAGGGAUGGAGCAGAUGAAGUACGAGAUAAAUGUCGCUCGCUAGUGGAUAUACAGUUAGUGAUGACUCUAUUGUAACCCCACGGUCCUUUUGUGCCUCAGAAAAUAGAUAGAGCAUCUCCAUUGCAAACUAAGUACUAAUUAGCUAUGGUCUGCAUGCUUCAAGCUAAAUAGCCGUUGGAUCGAUACAGUACUAUUUUGGCUUUUUGAGAACGAAUCUGCGAGUAGGUUUGCUCGCCAGGGGCGCCGGCUACGUGCUCAAUCACGGACAUCCAUGGACUUCCGGAGGCGUUGCUUGGAGUAGUAUCUGUAAAAGACCACCGAGUAAAGCAGGAUCGCGAUACACUCGAGAACAACUUCAAUGAGGCAGCACACCAAGG